AUGUCCCUCCAGGUAGACGACAGCGGCCGCCGCACGCGCUCGCGCUCCCCGUCGGGCCGCCAGCGCGACCACAGCCGCGGGCCGAGCGGGCCCUCCCCCGCCGUCGUCGACGCCGUGCCCUACCCGUCCUCCUCGGGCGGCGGCGGCGACCCCCGCGACCGCGACCGCGAUGCCGCGGCGUACGAGUACGAACGCCUCGCCUCGUGGCGGCCGGCCUCGCCAACCGAGGAGGCGCCGCCGUAUUACCGCGGGUCGCGCGAGAGGGUCGAUGAGGAUCCUGCUGCUGCUGCUGCUGCUAGGUAUGGCGAGGGGUGGCGGGAGCGGGAGAGAGACCGGGACCGGGACUCGUAUCGUUAUGAGAAGGAGAGGGAGUCUGAUCGGGAUAGAGAUAGGGACAGGGACAGGGACAGGGAUAGGGUGAGGGACAAGGAUAGGGAGCGAGAUAGAGAUAGAGGCGGGGACAGAGACAGGGAUAGAGACAGGGACAGGGACAAGGAAAGGGACCUUGCGAGGGACAGCUUCCAGUACUUGCCGCAGAAGUACGCCCAGAAGUUGGCUGACCCCGAGUCCCCCAAGUACUCGCGCGAGUCGCUCCGUGAUCGGGAGCGGGACAGAGAAUGGGAUGGCGAGAGAGACAAGCCCAAAGAGCGAGAGCGAGACCGGGACCGUGAAAGGCGGGACCGCGAUCGAGGCAAGGACCGUCGAGGCCGGGACAAGUACGACGAGGACUUGGCCUACGGCAGCGUUCCCGAGCCGGGGCAUCCGCGGGCUGAGCGGCGGGCAGAGUCCCCUCCCUCCUCCAAAUACAAGUACGCCGAUGUGAAGCAGUGGGAAUACGGCAAGCCCGACGCGAGCGCCGCCGCCUACGGUCGCGGCGAGGAUCCGAGAUACAGCACCUCGAGCCUCGAGCCGAGGAAGGCACCCGCCGCUCGCGCCCCGAGCCCCGGACCCCAAUACGGCUAUAAUCCCAGGGAUUCCAAGGGGUACCCGCCCCCCGGCGCAGACUCGCACCGCUUGUCCGCGAGCGUGGUGACCGCCGAGCCGGGCGCGGGCCCUCGCAAAUCGGCCAUGAAGAGGGACGCGUCACCGCAGCCGCCGACGGCGCGCAUGUCGGGCCUGUCGGUCGACACGUCGCUCCGCCCGGGCUCCCUGUCCGUCGGGGGCCCGCAGCACUCGGGCCCCAUGUCCGUCGCGGCGGCGCCCGGGUCCCCGCUGCUGGAGUCGUACCACGGCACGUACCAGUCCAUGUCGCCGAUGCCGUCGCCCAUGUUCUUGCCGUCGCACCCCGGCGGCGGGGCGGACCCGCUGAUCCACGAGGCGCUCUCGCCGCUCGGGUCGGACGACGACGACGAGCGGUCGGGCGACAAGCUGCGGACGCGGCGGGCGCGGUUCCACGACCCCGUCGACGACGCGGCACGGCUGGCCAAGGCGCUCAAGGGCGAGCGGCGGGCGCCCGAGACGGAGCCGCUGAUCGAGAUCCUGCCGGGGCUGACGCACGAGCAGGUCAUGGAGCUGCGGGCCGAGUACAAGCGGCUCGUCAAGACGGGGUCGCAGCACAAGGGCGUCAACGUGGCCAAGCACAUCCGGGCGCGGCUCAAGGACGAGGACCCGAGCCUGAUGAAGGCGUGCUACGCCGUGGCCCUGGGCCGGUGGGAGAGCGAGGCGUACUGGGCCAACUUCUGGUACCAGGGCGACAAGACGCGGCGGGAGCUGCUGAUCGAGGCGCUGAUGGGGCGGACCAACGACGAGGUGCGCGCCAUCAAGGAGGGGUUCAGCGACAAGAAGUACGCCAACAGCCUGACCAAGUGCAUGAAGACGGAGCUCAAGGAGGACAAGUUCAAGAAGGCCGUGCUCAUGGUCCUGGACGAGCAGCGGAUGGAGGAGUACGACGCCUACGGCCGUCCCCUGAGGGUUGACGUCGACCUCAUCAAGGACGACGUCAAGCGUCUGCAUCACGCCGUGCGCAGCGAAAAGGGCGGCGAGUCCCUGAUGAUCUCGACGGUCGUGCAGAGGAGCGAUUCCCACCUGAAGGAGGUGAUGAGGGCCUACACCGACGCGUACGGCUCCAACUUUGCCCGGGACGCCCUCAAGAAGAGCGGGAACCUAGUGGGCGAGCUCCUGGCGCACAUCCUCAACGGCGUCAUCAACAAGCCGGUGCGGGACGCGCUGCUGCUGCACCACGCGCUGUCGGCGUCGCGCAAGGACGAGCUGCGGCGCGAGCUGCUCAUCUCGCGCCUCGUGCGCUACCACUGGGACCGCCACCACAUGGCGGCCGUCAAGGUGGCCUUCCGCGAACGCUACGGCCGCGACCUCCAGGCCUCCGUCAGGGACGCCACCAGCGGCGAGUGGGGCCAGUUCUGCCAGGCGCUGUGCAUCUCGCGCAUGCCGGAUGAUGUGAAGAGGGUUGAGAGGGUUGAGGUUAUACGGUGA